UUUGGUCCACUCAUUCCUAUUUUUUAAUAGUUUCCUAAUUUAUUUCAAUUGUUUAUAGUGUAGAAGAAAUGUUUUUGUCGCAAAGUUUUAAUGAAUAGAAAAAUAGUGCAUAUAGUGCAUAAAUUAAUUGCUGAAAAUUGAAAACAUCUUUUUACAUAGUAUAAAGGCGUAAAUUAACACAAUUUUAACAGAUUAUCGAUUCUUUCAAUUUUGGAGGAAAAAUGUUGAUGCAUUAUUAUAUUGCUCUUUUAUACUUGCAAUGGCUGAAAUUGUUAGUUUACUGUCUGGAACUUCAUCAAAUGCAAAAUAGAUCUAAUCGGCGUUGGCAUGUGAGGCCUCAUAUAAGUAAUGUCAUGCGAGAUACUUUUGGGGCAUAUGAGCGAUUAUUUCUAUAUUUUGCAAACUGCGACCAAGAGAAGUUUAAGCAGAUGUGUAAACUCACAGUGGAAGCCUUCCAAAAAUUGCAUAAUAUUGUUGGACCUAGGCUUGUAAAAACAAGUCGCAGGCGUCCGUUACCAUCUGAAUUAAGAUUGGCAAUAACAUUAAAUUUUUUGGCUCAUGGUGACAGCAAGUGCACUUUGGCUAAUUUCUUUCGUGUGGGUCUCAGUACUACGUAUGCAAUUAUAUCAGAAGUGUGUCCUUUGAUUUGGGAACUUCUCUCGCCUAUCUAUUUACGCUGGAAAACACCUGCAGAAUGGAGAGGUGUCGCAGAGGGAUUUCGUGUGAAGUGGAAUUUUCCAAAUUGUUUAGGGGCUAUAGAUGGGAUGGAAGUACGAAUUAGAAGGCCGCCAAGAUCAGGAACUCGUUUUUUUUGCUACAAGAAAUACUACAGUAUCAAGUUACUCGCCAUUUGUGAUUCGUAUUACAGGUUUACGUGGAUUGAUCUAGGACAGUAUGGCUCCUUCAGUGACUUAUUAGCGUUUAGGAACUCAACAUUAUACCAAGCUUUGGAAAUACAACAAGCAGGGAUUCCGGAAGAAAAUAUAUUGCCUCGGACAAACUUACGGUUACCAUAUUUUUUUGUGGGCGAUGAAAUUUUUCCUAUCAGACCAUAUAUACUGAAACCUUUUGCACGACAGUAUGCUCUCACUGAAAAUCAGAGAAAUUUCAAUUACAGGUUGUCACGAGCUCGAAACACUAUAGAAUGUGCUUUUGGAAAGCUCGACUCAACUUUUGAAGUUUUACAACAUUGCCUAGAUUGUGAGAUAGAUACUACGGAAAACAUUGUCAAAGCAAUAUUGUGUCUUCACAAUUUCAUUAUCGACGAAAAGGUAAACAUUCCGAAGGAGGCACCUCAAAGAAUAGCAAGACCCUGGCGCAAUUUACCUUCUUUCCGAGAUAUAUUGCCUGCAGAAGAAACAGACUUAAGCGAAAUAAUGACUGCGUACUUUCUCUCCGAAGAGGGACAAAUUAUUUAAUAAGAGUUAAAUUAUUAUAAGAGUACAAAUCAUUUUCAUGCUUAAUGUUUUCAAUAAAUAACUUUCAUAAAAAAACUAUGAUUCAAAAUAA